AUGGAUGACCUCAUCCGCUUCGUCAAGCAGCACCGGCGUCAGAUCACACGGUUUGUCAAAAAGGCAUUCACGUGGUACAAAAAGAACCAGGGUGGUGGUGGAGGAGGCGGUCAGCACGGCGGCAGCUCGUUCGGUCAGCAGGCAUCGUACGAGCCACCUUCUCAAGGCGGUUACAAUUCCGGUCAUGGUGGAGCAGGUGGCUAUGCAGGCGCAGCAGGUGCAGCAGUUGCUGGAGGCUACGACCAUCCACCACCGCAGGGAAGCUACGGUGCACCGCAGCCAAACCAAGGCGCGCACACACAAGGGCCACACUACAAGUAUUCGCAGGACAACCAGGUGAAUCAGCACGAUGCAAACUACGUAAACCUGCGCAACCAGGCUCGUUCCGAGGGUGAUAAGAUGGCACAGUGCUUUGACCAAUCGCACAAAGCCUACUCCCAGGGCGACGGUGCUCGCGCAAAGCAGCUCAGCAACGAAGGAAACGAGCACAAGCGAAACAUGGAGCGUCUCAACAAACAGGCAAGCGAUUGGAUCUACAUGGCCAACAAUGAGGACUCGCCUCAAGGUACCAUCGAUCUCCACGGCCUCUACACGUCCGAGGCGCUCGAGAGGGCCGAGCAGGCGGUCAAGCACGCACAGGCACAGGGCUGGUCCGAAUUGCGCAUCAUCGUGGGCAAAGGUCUGCACUCGAAGGAUCACCGUCAACACAUCGCGCCCGCCGUGGAAAAACUGAUGCGCGACUACAACCUCGAAGCGCACCUCGAUCCUCGCAACGCCGGUGUGCUGGUGGUCAACCUGCGUGGAAGUGGACAGGGCGGCGCUGCAUUCACGCGCGACCUGGCCAAACAGACCACGGGCAAUGAGGACGAGUGCGUCAUUAUGUAA